UCUCCAACCGCAAAGCCCGCCGCUGUGUGACAGGAACGACAGAGAGACCCAGCGAGUCCCACACACGCGCACUCAGAGAGCGCCUUCCUGACGGACUUUCUUCUCGUUCCUCUCAUCCUGUGUGCACUGUAGCGAUCGAGCCUGGAUUUCCUCCCCCCGAGCAUGAAAAGGAUUGCCAGGAUUGCCAAAUUAGCCGCAAUCCAGCAGCAGCAGCAGCAACAACAGCAACAGCAGCAGCAGAAGCAGCAGCAGAAGAAGCAUCGCCGUCGCCGAGCACCGGAUGCUCCAGCAGAAGUUGUUGGCUGCGCAAGUCACACGGGGGCCGAGACUCGGAGGGGAGCGUCUGAUUAAGGUCUCCACAUAAUGGAGCGAGAAUGAACAGAGAGCGGCUGAAAAAAAAGCAUGAACUGGAGGUUUAUUAAGGUCAUCUGCUUCCUGUUUAUAUGGGACCAUAUAACAGUUCAGUCUUCCCGCCAAGACCCGUUGGCCACUGAGCAACAUGUCGCCAAGCAGUAUGACUGGCUCAUCUCCGACCGCGGACCGUUCCACCACUCACGCAGUUAUCUGUCCUUUGUGGAUAGAUUCCGCCAAGGAUUCACGACCAGAUAUAAAAUUUAUAGGGAAUUUGCACGUUGGAAGGUGAGGAACACAGCGAUCGAGAGGCGGGACCUGAUCCGGAAUCCCGUGCCCCUCAUGCCCGAGUUCCAGCGCAGCGUCCGCUUGCUCGGCCGCAGACCAACCACGCAGCAGUUCAUCCACACCAUCAUUAAAAAAUAUGGGACCCACAUUCUCAUCUCGGCCACGCUGGGAGGGGAGGAGGCACUGACGAUGUAUCUGGCCAAAAACAAGCUGGACAGGAAGCUCACCAACGCCACUCAAAAUGUGGAAGCACUCCACCAGCUGGCCUCCUCCUACUUCAUCGACCGUGAUGGCACAAUGAGGAAGCUGCACGAGAUCCAGAUCUCUACAAAUGCCAUCAAGGUGACAGAGACACGUACAGGCCCGCUGGGAUGCAGUAGCUACGACAAUCUGGACUCGGUCAGCUCCGUCCUGUUGCAGAGCCCGGAGAGCAAGCUUCAUCUGCAAGGGCUUCAGGUCAUUUUCCCGGAGUACCUACAGGAGAAGUUCGUCCAGUCGGCUUUGAGCUACAUUAUGUGUAAUGGAGAAGGGGAGUACCUGUGCCGCAACAACCAGUGCAUCUGCCAGUGUGCAGACGAGUAUCCCCAGUGCAACUGUCCCAUCACCGACAUCCAGAUCAUGGAGAACACGAUGCUGGGCAUGGCCGAGUCAUGGGCAUCCUCCUACAAAGACUUCGAGAACUCCGAUGAGUUCAAGUCCUUCCUGAAGAGGCUGCCCUCCACUCACUUCCUGCCCAUCAACAGCGUACACUUGCUGUGGGGCAGCGACUGGGACCUGCAGGCUCGCUACAGGCUGCUCCAGGGCUCCCUAGAGGUCCAGCGGCUCAAGAUCCAGCGCACUGCCCGCAAGCUCUUUGGCCUCAGCAUCCGCUGUCACCACAAUCCCAACCACCAGAUGCCUCGGGAGAGGUCUGUGAUGCAGUGGCUCAACCGGGUCCAGUCCUUCCUCUACUGCAACGAGAACGGCUUUUGGGGAACCUUCCUGGAAAGCCAGCGAACAUGUGUGUGCCAUACGGGUGUCACCCUGUGCCAACGACCUAUCCCUUGCAUCAUCGGGGGCAACAACAGCUGCGCCAUGUGCAGCUUGGCCAACAUCUCACAGUGUGGCUCGUGCAACAAGGGCUACAAGUUGUACCGUGGCCGCUGCGAGCCCCAAAACGUGGACUCGGAGCGGAGCGAGCAGUUCAUCAGUUUCGAAACUGACCUGGACUUUCAGGACCUGGAACUAAAGUACCUGCUGCAGAAAAUGGACUCGCGUCUGUACAUCCACACGACGUUCAUCAGCAACGAGAUCCGCCUGGAGACUUUCUUUGACCCACGGUGGCGUAAGCGCAUGUCCCUGACACUCAAAAGUAACAAAAACCGCAUGGACUACCUCCACAUGAUCAUCGGUCUGUCCAUGAAGAUCUGCCAGAUGCGGAACAGCAGCAUCGACCCCAUGUUCUUCGUCUACGUCAACCCGUUCAGCGGCAGCCACUCGGAAGGCUGGAGCAUGCCCUUCGGUGAACACGGUUACCCCCGCUGGCAAAAGGUGCGCCUGCAGAACUCCCAGUGCUUCAACUGGACCCUUUUGCUGGGCAACCGCUGGAAGACCUUCUUCGAGACCGUGCACAUCUACUUAAGGAGCCGAGCCAAGAUCCCCACCGGCCUCCGCAACGACACGGGUCCCGUCGAUCUGGCAGACCCCAACAAGCGGCAGAUCUACAUCAAAAUAUCCGACAUCCAGGUGUUCGGCUACAGCCUGCGCUUCAACGCCGACCUGCUCCGCAGCGCCGUGCAACAGGUGAACCAGUCGUACACACAGGGAAGUCAAUUCUACUCAUCGUCGUCCGUCAUGCUCCUGUUGCUGGACAUACGGGAUCGGAUUAACCGCCUUGCCCCUCCGUCUGCGCCCGGCAAACCCCAGCUGGACCUCUUUUCCUGUAUGCUAAAGCAUCGGCUGAAGCUGAACAACAGUGAGAUGAUCCGGGUCAAUCACGCCUUGGACAUGUACAGCACAGAGAUACUAAAACAAUCAGAUCACCUGACUGCAAAACUGUGUUGAUCGCUUUAAAACGUCAACAUAAGAACGGAAAACGAUACUGAAACACCCCCGCAAAUGAACUGAACAUAUGGGGUGGGCUCUUGUUUCAUUUUUUCUUUUGCCUUUUUUUCCUUUUUGGACCUUUUCUGCCUUUUUGAUGUAACUCAAACUUUGUAAGCAUACUUCGUACAAAGGGGGGAAAGGUGGAAAAGGCAUCACUGAAAGGAAGAAUUUAACCAGAAGUAAUAUAAAAGGACUGUAACAUAUCUGUCCAAGCAUGUCUGUCACUCCCUCAAAGAACUUUAAUGUCAGAGAGAGAGAGAUUAAAAAAAAUACUCAUGAUGAAGAGGCCUUGACUGGAACGUUGUAUCUGAAACUGCCAUUCUUCUUUACCUGCGAAAUUAAAAAACACAAAAAACAUUUUUCACAAAAAAAUGAAUCAAUCAAGCGGGCAGACCAGAUAUCCUUCCAUUUCUGCUAACAUGCAAAGUUCAAAUGUUUAUAUUCACCCUAAAGAUUUAAAAAGAGCCCUAUAGCGUGUAACGUAGCCAACAAAUUUAUUAUCGAGUCUUUAUUACUUUUCCAACCCUCAGCGAGUCGGUGAGUUAUGAAGCACUCGGUCAUCAUUCUGACAUGCAAGGCACAUGCAGCAGGACGCUAAUGGAUUGUCAUGUCAAAUAACAAAAAGCCAGCUGUUUAUAUAUAUAUAUAUAUAUAUAUAUAUAUAUAUAUAUAUAUAUAUAUAUACAUACAGUAUACAGUGUAUGUGUGUGUCUGUGUGUGGGCGUGUAUAUGUGUGUGUGUGUGUGUAAUUUGACGCAUAACCUUUUUCUUUGUGUUUUCAGUUUGAAUUUCUUUUUUGUUCUUGUGGAUUCACAAGGCACUACCUUUAGUACAGCGUGAGUGCAACAUCGUCGUGGAUUUAACGCUAAUUUUGUACUGCUUUUGCGUAAAACAGACAAACAAACAAAACGAAAAAAAAUGCAAAAAUGUUGUGACAGCUGGUUUGUGGAGCUUUUUCUAGGGCACCAAAAUGUUAGCGUUCAUCAUUCAGGCACAUUGACGAAAAGCCAUAAACGCCCCCACCCCAUCCACCCCUAACUGGAAUAAUGGCUCAAGCCCAUUUCAUUUUACACAUACUAGAGGAUGUUUCGCUUCCUUCUUAGUUGAUUUUAGAUAAAAGCACAGCAAACAGUAUGUUGGCGAGCCAUUGAAUUUCUAUGUUGCGCUGCGAAAAUGACAAAUAUUCAAAUCUAAAAUAUUAACAUAUUUCUAUCUGGAAUCCUUUUACUAUCAUCUGUUUUGUUUUGUUUUUUCUAUUGAAACAUACACCUAUACAGUGUAUAUAUUUUUUUUUUCUUAGUUAUCCCAGAUGACUAUGUAUAUAAUCCCAUUUGUUGAAAUCAGCGUUUGUCUCACGUCUUUGCGGGUAAAGCCUGUUGACCUGGUGUCUUUAUUAUUCUAUUGGCACACAAAAAAAAUAUAUGACCCCAGCUGAGUUGCAGAGCAAAUCCCUUGAGAUUUAACUUGUGUUUUGGUUAUCUUGCUAUAUAUUGCCGCUUUACUGUUUAGUGUGACACUAAGUCUUGUGGAGAUUGCAGAGGCACAUAUUCCAUCCAUCCAUUAAUCCAUCCAUUUUCUGCUGGAGCCCAUCCCAGCUGUCAUCGGGGAGGAGGCGGGGUACACCCUGAACUGGUUGCCAGCCAAUCGCAAGGGCACAUAGAAAACAAACAACCAUUCGCACUCACGGGCAAUUUAGAGUCUCCAAUUAAUGCAUGUUUUUGGGAUGUGGGAGGAAACCGGAGUGCCCGGCGAAAACCCACGCAGGCACGAGGAGAACAUGCAAACUCCACACAGGCGGGGCCGGGGAUUGAACCCCGGUUCUCAGAACUGUGAGGCUGACGCUCUAACCAGUCGCCCACCGUGCCGCCGAGGCACAUAUUCAAUACCUGAAUUUGCAGUUUUUAAUCAACCAAUUUUUUUUCUUUUCAAUUUCUGUCGCAAUUUACAGUACUUAAGUAUAUUAUGGAAAAUUGACCUUUUAAUUGCUUGUACACACAGGUGAGUCUCUAGAGUGCCUGUCCACUCGUCAAGUGUGAAAUUACACAACCACGUAAAUCUUUUGUGAGCUAGUUCUAAAAUUUUCAGAUUUUUUGCAGAAUUUACAUAAUCCGGCCUCCACACCAAUUUUCUCCGCCCAUGAUUUAGCAGGGAGACUGAGCGAAGCACAAACACGAAUGUUCGACUAAGUUGUCGACAGGGAGAUAUUUGUGUGGGGAUCUGCUAACUCUCUGACACGUUUAUUGGGCGUCUUGGUGAUGAUGAAGUGCUGCCUCCAUGACUGAAAUUACAAUCGAUCUUUAUGGGGGCUUACCUGUGCUCCGCAGUUUGGACUCGCUUUUUUAGAUUGGGGCUCAAUAAGGAGCUCUGCCUCUAGUCGUCACGGUAAUGAAAGCCACACUCGCCGUUAGCCCCACAGUCGAGGGGGUCGGGCUGGUCAAAUCUAAUUUCAAAUCUUAUUUCAGUAAGGCUACAAACAACAAAAAAUGAACAUAUGAAAAAAUUCUUGAUCCUUGGGCUAUUUUUGACAAAAGCCUGUCACAGACCUAAAGACACGUUGUAACUGUUUUUAAAUUGUAAAGAAAAAAAAAAAAAAAACAUUAUAUGUCUCCAUCAACUUCAACUUGUACUCUCUCAAUGAUUUACUUUGUGUUUUUUGUUGAUAUUGUGUGUGAUUUACUGAAUUGCAAAAUUCCAUUUAUGUGACUCGGUUAUCAUUUCAAGUGGUAAACCUUGUAUAAGUUUCAUUGUCAAAAUUAAAAAUACAAAGCUGUUACAAAAAAAGGUUCUACCCCCAAAAAAAAAAAAACACUUUAAGUGCCAUUUUAUCGUAUUACUUUAUUACGCUCAGCUACGGAUUUUCAGCUUAAUAGCUUGCUAAUAUGGACAUGGUAGAACGUGGCAUAACAUCCGCAGUACAGCGUUGCAUGCUAACAUUUAUUGUCUUCUGUAUUGUAUAUUACUUAAAAGUUGACUUUCCAGACACUGAAAGCCGACACCUUUUAUGUUAAUUAAUACGAUGGUCUACGUGAUUUUCACUUUUGUUUGGCUCUUGUGUUCAACCACUUAUUUUUCUCUCUUUUUUUUAUUGCGAGGUCCACGGGCGUCUUUGGGGUUUGCUAUUCCUGAAACUUUGCCUGACUGCCUCAUGUGAUUUGACUUCAAAACAGGAGAUGCGCCAAAUAGUCUCCGAUUCGUUGGCAUAAGUUUGGACAAUUCCUAAGAAAUGCUAUCACAUAAUUCUUGUAUUUAAAUCUCCUCUUAAGGAGUGUUUGCUGUUUUUUAAACAACAAACAUCAAAUUUUGUUCCCAAUUACACACUAUAGAUUUUAAAGUCAUAUCCCUAUUGCGGUAAUAUAAAUUAGGCCCCGUGUAUUAGCACAAAGGGAGGGGGGGGGGGGGUCCUCAUCUGGUCUAUGACACUAUGAGACUGUUUUUACAUUAUCAGGACCAUUUUUACAUUUGUUUACUUUUGUUGUUGAGCCACUGCAAGGUCCAUAAAACAAGCAUGUUUUUGGUGUUUAUUUUGUUCUAUAUAUCACAAACUGACAGAGUAAAGCCAUUCCUAUAAGGAUUCGAUUACAGCCGCUCACACUAGCCUGUGUUAAAAAUAUAGCUAUUUUUCACAUUUAUAAGGGGUCAUUCGUUAUGUUUAUGGCGAGUGAUGUGCAGAAAUUCAAACAAUAUCAAAGGGAUAAUCCUAAUCUACCAAAUAUAUUAUGAGUGAUAAACUGUAUUUUUUAAUUUUGAGCCCAGUCAAAACCAGUUUGUGAAUGUUCCACUACUUGCGAUGUAUACAGUUGAACUAAAUUAACGGCAGUCAUUUACGUAUCCCGCAUCAUGCUAUGUAGUGUUGCUUAUAUGUAUCCAUUAAAUGUGUCCUAAGAAGAAUUUUGCACCUAAUAUCUUGCCAAUGUAAUGUUUUUUCCCCCCCCUGUUCUGUUGAGGUCAUGAUAGCAGCUUCUUUCAAUGAAUGUUUCAUAUUAUAAUCUAUUUCUCAU